CCAUGGAAUCAUAUCAACAGUGGAGUAUUAUUAUUGAAAUAAACUACGAAAGUGGGUUGGGCAAAUCUACAUUUUAUCAGAGUUAAAUGCAGUUCAAAUACAACAAUGGCACUUUCUUAUUGUAUUAACAGCUUCAAGUAGUCAUACUAGAUCUAUAUGGAGUAAACACGAACUGAGUAACAAUUCAUAGUUGUGAUGGCUUUCAAGCUGAAAUUAAAAUCUUUGAUUGGAGGACGACAGGAGAGCAUUCAGUCUCCUUUAGAAGAAACAGUGACAGACAUUCUAAAUGUUGGCGCAGCAGUCACCAAAAGUAAAGUUGAACAGAGAGCUGUCAACCCACACGAUGAACAAGAAAUAAUUGAUGGCAUUGAGCAGAGUUACUACAACAAUGAGACCUUUGACACCAGUCUUCAUGAGUUACAGAAAUUGCCAGAGCAGUUAGAUCUAGAUAAGAUUACUGAAGACUGUACUAAGCUAAGGACCCAGCUACAAGCUGUGACCAAAAGAGUAUCAGAACUGAUCCUACAGAACCACCCAGCCUAUGCCACAGAGUUACAGCGUGUGAUGGACCUUCAGAGGACACUGCGCUCAGCUGGUCUUGUCUGUCGGAGUGGUAGAAGACAACUGAAUGAAGCCAGAGAAAAUUUUACUAUAGCCAGUCUGGGACUUCUGGCCAACUACAGAAAAAGACAGCAGCUCAUUGGUUUGCUGAAGUCGUUGGGAACUAUUAAAACUUUACAGAGAACAGAUCUUCGUUUGCGAGAGAUGAUGGAGGAAGAAGAUUACUGUGGUGCUAUCCAGUUGUGUCUUGAAUGUCAGAAGGCUGCCAGCACCUUCAAGCAUUACAGGUGUAUUAGUGAGCUGAGCUCUAAGCUACAGGACACUCUGGAGAUGAUAGAAGAACAGCUGGAUGUGGCUUUAUCCAAGACUUGCGCAGGCUUUGAUCAGCUACACUAUCAGAAGGUCCAGAGAGCCUACAAGCAGCUGGGCAAAACACAGACUGCGAUGGACCAGCUACACAUGCAUUUUGCCAGUGCCAUCCACAACACAGCCUUCACCAUCAUUCUUGGAUAUGUGGAGCUUACGUCAGGUGGGGGAGGGGCAGUCAACUUCCAGAAGAGACAGUACCCAGACCUUUGCAAGAAUAUAACCAUUGAAACCUUCACCCCCUGCCUUGUUGAUUUGUGCAAGGCAUUGUGGGAAGUGAUGAAAAGUUACUACAAGACCAUGAAAUGGCAUGAGGUCAAUGACCAGGACAUGACCCCUGCUGAACUAGAAGAUCCAGGCACAAAUGUUGAGUCGACGUUUAACAGACGGUACGUGAAUCAAAAGUUGGAAUAUGGGCGUGGCCGCGUCUGGCAGGACGUCCAGCAGAAAGUCAAGAUGUUUGUGCUGGCCACCAACCUGAGCGGCUUCAAGCUGGACGAGUUUAUCUACGUGCUGGACAUCAUCAACAGGAUGAUUGAGAUAGGGGAGGAGUUCUGUGGCAGCAAGUCUGAAGGUCUGCAGGACUCCCUCAAGCAGCAGAGUCUCAACUACUUCAAGACACACCACCAGAUACGCCUGGACGAGCUGCGCAUGUUCCUUGAGAACGAGGCCUGGGAGAUGUGUCCUGUCAGGUCCAACUUCAACAUCCUGCAGCUCAUGGAGUUCAGGUUCAUGAGAAAAUGGGCCAACUCUCGUCACUUGAUCCCAGAAAAUGAGCGUAGGAAGGGAGAGAAUUUUGAGGCAGCUAGCCCUGAUGGAGAUGGGAAAAGCUACUUUGGACUUUACUUGGAGGAAGGAAAUCCUUUUGAUAAGCAGGUGGAGGAAGAGGAAAAGGAGGACGUGUUUUCUGGAUUAGGGGAAAACGAGGACGGCUAUGCAGAUUCUGACAGUGACUCAGACAUUCCUGAAGAACUUAAAAAAGAUUACAUCGAUGAAAUUACUGGCGAGGCCCAUUCAUACAAACAUGGAAGGCGCCGCGGCUCAAACAGAAGCAAGUCUCACAAACAAGGUCCACUCAUCACCAAUACAACACUCAACGUGCUGCGUGUGAUGGGCAAGUACCUCCAGAUGAUCUCCAUCCUCAAGCCCAUAGCUUUUGAUGUCAUCAGCUGCAUGUCACAACUCUUUGACUACUACCUGUUUACAGUUUAUUCUUUCUUUGGCUCUGAAGUGAGUGAUAAAACUGUCAACACAAGGCUGUACACCACGUUACAGAGGAUUAAAGAUAACCUCAUCGCUAACCCUAACCCAGGCAGCACUGUUGGAGGUGACGAUGGCACAGACAAAGUUGCGGCUGCGCUGUUGUCUCCCCUGGUCAGACUGUCUGAUGCCUCCACACUGUAUGGUCUGGCAGAGAGAGUGGUGGCCACAGAAUCUUUGAUGUUUCUGGGCAAGCAGCUGGAAUACCUGCAGCCUUACCUGGAGGAGCUCAUCCCUAGCAACAAGAAAGCUUUCCUCAGUCAGUUCUAUUCUCAGACAGUCAACAUGGCAGGCGAGGUACGUAAACCUGUGUACAGUGUCCUGUCCCGUCAGUGUAUCAGCUAUGAUCACAUCCUGCAGCAGAUGGGCACAGUCAGGUGGGAUGUGAAGGAGAUUAUGUCACAGCACAACACGUACAUUGAUACGUUGCUUAAGAACUUGACAGAGUUCCAGACCAGGCUGGAGGAGGUGGACAAAAGAGUUCCACUGCCAGCUGUUGUCACAAAACUUAUAUGGGAGCAGUGUGUCAGGAAUGCCAACAGGACAUUUGUAGAGGGCUAUGCAAGCACCAAAAAAUGUAGCAAUGAAGGCCGUGCGUUGAUGCAGUUGGAUUUCCAACAGUUUCUCUCCAAACUGGACCACAUCAUAGAGCUAAGGCCUAUACCAGAGAGAGAAUAUGUGGAGUCUUACAUUAAAGCAUAUUACAUGUCAGAGUCAGAGCUGGAGAGAUGGGUCCAUGACCACAAGGAAUAUUCCAACAAACAGCUCCUGUCUCUCAUCAACUCAGUCAAUCAUUUGGACAGAAAGUUACGUCAAAAACUAAUUAACAUGGUGGAAGUCAUGGACAGGGGUCGGAGGUUGUAGCAGGAAAUAGAUGAUUGUCACUGGUCCAAUGUAAAUUUACAGUUUGAGAUGCAUGGAGCAUAAAACAAUUCUUUAUUUGCCAAUAGCAGAACAGACAAGACAGACAACUCUAGACCAAGACAGACAACUCUAGACCAAGACAGACAACUCUAGACCAAGACAGGCAACUCUAGACCAAGACAUCUCUUAUACAUAACAAGACAUUUAUUUAUAUAGCUAUCAUCCUGUACAUAAAGGUGAAUUGUAUUGUACAUUUUUCAUGUAUUAACUAUAAUAUGUAGCAGUAUGAAAAGUCAGGUUAGCUGAAUGGAAAUCUGCAUUUAUAUGUACAUAAAGCUUGGAAGGAAAAACUUUGUUUAGAUGCCCUGUUAGCAAUAUUGAUUAGCUCCAGAAGGAUGUCAGCAUUAGAUAACUGUACAUAGGUGACUUGAUACGUGGUGUGUAGUGUUUGUGAUAUUUGAUGAACAUUCCACUGAUCUAAUUAUAGAUGGUUGUGUCAUUGUGAACAAGUUUGUAUCAUGUCAUAUCGCAAGGUGGUGUCAUGUCACUCAGUGUUGCCGUCAUGUCAAAUAAAAAACCAUUGAGACAGUCCUGACCAAACAUGUGCUGGUAUAUCCGGUCUUGUUUUAUCCAGAUAUCUGUUGUCUUGUUUUAUCUAGAUAUCUUGUGGUCUUGUUUUAUCCAGAUAUCUGUUGUGGUCUUGUUUUAUCCAGAUAUCUGUUGUGGUCUUGUUUUAUCCAGAUAUCUGUUGUGGUCUUGUUUUAUCCAGAUAUCUGUUGUGGUCUUGUUUUAUCCAGAUAUCUGUUGUGGUCUUGUUUUAUCCAGAUAUCUGUUGUGGUCUUGUUUUAUCCAGAUAUCUGUUGUGGUCUUGUUUUAUCCAGGUAUCUGUUGUGGUCUUGUUUUAUCCAGAUAUCUGUUGUGGUCUUGUUUUAUCCAGAUAUCUGUUGUGGUCUUGUUUUAUCCAGAUAUCUGUUGUGGUCUUGUUUUAUCCAGAUAUCUGUUGUGGUCUUGUUUUAUCCAGAUAUCUGUUGUGGUCUUGUUUUAUUCUCCUUGAUUGCCCACCACUUAUUGUUUGUACAGUGCUAAAAGUAGGUUGUUAGUAAAACCUAGUUAUAAAAAAUAGUUUGUCUAAAAGUAGGUUGAUGUUAGUAAAACCUAAUUUUGAAAAAUAGUUUGGCAGUUUUUUUUUUAACAGAAUUUCCAAAAUAUUUUCUUACAAAUAAAUUUGAGUGACCAAAGAUAAGAAGUUUUUUGCUUAGAACCGUGUAGCCUGAAAUAUGCUGUAGAGCGAGCAGCCACCCAUCUGGCCAUAUACAUUCCCCCAAUGUCCUGUUGUACUCAUGGUUCUAAGAGUGUUCAUAAAAUAUUUCAAGCCACCCACAAACUCAUAUCCUUCACACAAGCAUGAAGACAACCCUUGGAGCUCUCACACUUUGAAAACAAUAAAAUGCAGUCAUUCAUAUUUGUGAGGGAGUAUUUUUACAUAUUCUACACAAACUUAAUAAAUAAAAUUAAAAGCAAUAAUAGUAAUAGUUUUCCUUUAUAGUGGUACCUCAAGAUAUGAAUUCAAUACAUUCCUUAUGCUUGCUCAUGUGUCAAUUUGCUUGUAUCUCAAUGCAAUUUUCACAAUUGAAAUGAAUUAAAAUGCCAUUAAUCUGUUCAAGCGCACAAAAUGCCACUCCAGUUGAUUUUUGUAAUAAUUGCAGGUUGUUUAAAAAAAACCUGUCCAAGGUUUCUAAUAUCUCAAAUUUAUUUGAAAGCAAAAUAUUGUGGCUUACAUCUAAUAUCUUGUUUUUUAGGGCAUUUCUAUGUCAAGGUACCACUGUAUGGUAAAUAUGUUAUUACAACCCCAAAAUUUUUGGCCAUUUAUUGUAUGUAAAAUUAACAAAAAUUGGGUUAGUUUGUUAACAAGUGAACUGAUUGGUUAGUUUUCUGUGUAAACUUGAACAAGUGUACUGAUUGGUUAGUUUUCUGUGUAAAUUUUAACAAGUGAACUGAUUGGUUAGUUUUCUCUAAAAAGUUCUGUUGUAUACACAAGUGAUGAGACAUUCCCCUGCCAUCCAAUGUCUGAUGUGUUCUGUCCUUUAAAUGGUUGAAAUCUAACUUGAUGUUAUCUACAUAGGUAUGUUUCAAAUGAACAGCUAAUAAUUGCACCAAAAGUGAUAUGUUAUUUCUAUUCAUUGAUUAUAAAUGAACUAUUUUAUUUUCAUUAGAAUAAAAUUGGAACUAAACUGUACAGGCCCUAAGAAUUUGUGAAACAAUAAAAAAGGUGUCAAAAUCA